ACGGGCAGAGGCGGCAGCACCCAUAGAGAUCACUCACCCAUAGUCACCCAUAGUCACUCACUCACCCAUAGAGAUCACUCACCCAUAGUCACCCAUAGUCACCCAUAGUCACUCAGUGUCACUCACUCAGUCACUCAAUCACUCAGUGUCACUCACUCAUAGAGAUCCUCACACACACACACAGUUACACACACACACACAGACACUCGCACACUCACACAUAGACACAGACACACACACAUACACAGACAGACACACAGACAGACACACAGACAGACACACACUGACACAGACACACACACAGACAUACAGACACAGACACAAACACAGACAGACACACAGACACACACAGACACACACACAGACACACACACAGACACACACACAGACACACAGACACACACACACACAGACACACACACAAACACAAAUCCGUAAAUAUCCCAAUAGAGAUCCUCACUCACUCGCAGAGAGCAGGGAGAGAGAGAGAGAGGAAGACGGAGACGAAGACAAACACAGACGGACCGGAACAAAGACACAGACGGAUAGAGACACACACAGAGAGAAAGACACGGAGAGAGACACACAGAGAGAGACGGUGAGAAGUUGGGGGUGGGGGGGAUACUGGAUGUGGUGGGCUGGGCUGGUGCCCACGUGACCGCGAUGGGAGCUAGAGAGGAGGGCUGACGGAGAGGGCGACGAUUCUUUUGGCACGGAUAGCGAGUCACCGACGAGUCUCCUGCGCGGCCCACGUGGGGAGAUCAUUUGCAGGGAAGAGAAGAGGAGGGAAGAAAAGAGGAGAGGCGGGAAGAGAAGAGAGCCAUGGACUCAGGACGGCCCGGGCACCCAGAGGAUGGAGGAGUCGGAGUCGGACGAGGCCUCGAUUCUGCCCCCAGCACCACCACCGCCACUCCCCAUGGGGAGUUCCACUCUGUGACGGGGGCGUGGGACAGGCACGAAGCCUCAACCCGCACUGUAGGCCAUGAGAACGAGAAUGGCGAAGUGGAGGAGGUGGACGAGGAGGUGGAGGAUGAUGAGGAGGAGGAUGAUGAGGAGGAGGAUGAGGUUUAUGAGGAGGAUCAUCAGGAGCUGGAGGCGGAGUUCGAUAAUGGAGCCCGGCACGGUGACGAGGGCCACCCGGGAGAUGGGAAGGAGGUGGAGACGGAGGAACUGGCGGGGCGUGGGGCCACUGGUGGAGGUCGUGGAGGUGGUGGAGGUGGUGGAGGUGGUGGAGGAGAUGCGGAGGCGUGGGGUGUGAUCAACGGUGGCGCGGAGGAACGGCGGCAGCACGGAGCGGACAGCCUUCGCAUCGAGACUGCUGCUACUCAUGGAGCUGCUGCUGCUGGCGGUGAUGGCAACGCUGGUGGCGACGAUCGUGGCGACGAUGGUGGCGACGAUGGUGGCGGUGAUGGUGGCGGUGGCGACGAUGAUGGCGGUGAUGGCGGUGAUGGUGGUGGCGACGAAUUGAAUAACGGCGUUGACUUCGAAGGCAGCGAAGACGACGACGAUGAUGACGACGACGACGACGACGUUUGCAGGAAGCACGCGGGGGAGCCGCUGGACUCGUUCUGUUGUGACGAGCAGCUCCUGGGGUGCCGCUCCUGCGCCGUCGCCUGCGCCGCACAAGGCCACCAAGUGGCCAACGCCUACGAGGAGUUCGCCACGCAGCGGAGGGCUCUUGUCGACCUCCGGACGGUGCUGGGCGACCGCAGGAGGAGCGUGGAGAGCCACAUCCACUACGUGCAGGGCAGCUGCACAAGCCUGCAGGAGUCUGCGGAGCGCGUGCGCGAGCGCGUCCGGGACAAGUACGCGGAGCUGCGCCGCCUGGCGCGUGCCGAGGAGGCGGCGGUGCUGGCGCUGCUGGACGAGGAGCUGCAGCGGGAGCUGCGGGGGGCCGAGCGCGAGCUGCAGGCGCUGCGGGGCGCCACGCUGCGGCCCCUGAGGGACGCACACGGGAGGCUGGGAGAGCUGCUGCGCGUGGGGGACGCGGACGGGAUGCUCGCCUUCCUCAAGAUCCGCAAGCCGAAUUUCGACAAGUUGUGGGCUGAGCCCCCCACGGAGCGUCCACCGCUGUCCCGUGAGCUCAGCGCUGAGAAGGUGGCGCUGCUGGAGGAGGCAGUGGACGAGCGACUCCGCAGCUUCGGCUCCAUCUCCGUGCCGGCGGGUGCCAACGCGCCCCCCUUCCAUGAGUAUGCCCGCUCCCCCACGCUGGACCCCUCCACGGCCCACCCCAGGCUGCUGCUCUCGGCCGACCUGCGCAGCGCGGCGUGCGGGGAGCGCAAGCAGCGCUGCGCCGACAACUCAGGACGCUUUGACUACUGGGAGCAGGUCCUCGCCACGCAGGCUUACGGCCCGGGCCGCCACUACUGGGAGCUGGACGUGAGCCGCGCCGCCUACUGGCGCGCGGGCGCCGCCUACGGCAGCAUCGCGCGCAAGGGCAGCGCCAACGCCUGCGGCCUGGGCCGCAACGAGGUCUCGUGGUGUGCGCGCCGCGCCGGCUCCAGCUAUACGGCCGUGCACGCCGAGCGGCGCGCGGAGCUGGCGAUGGGCGGCCGAGGGGGAGGAGCCGGAGCCGGGGGAGGAGCCAGAACCGGGGGCGUGGCCGGGACGGUUGGCAGCAGUCGGCGCGACGGCAGCGGCGGCCAGCAGGCUCCGCUGCGCCGGCUGGGCGUCUACCUGGACCACGAGGCCGGGGAGCUGUCGUUCUACGACGCGGAGCGGCCCGCCGUGCCGCUGCACACGUUCCUGGUGCCCGGCGGGUUCACGCAGCCCCUGCACCCGGCCCUGAGGCUCAGCGGGUUCCACGGGUGCAGCUGCAUCACCGUGUGCAGCCUGCGGGGCCCGGCGGAGCGGGGCGGAGACGAGGGAGAAGGGGAGGACAGCGACUGACGGACGACGC